CUUAAACUCUCUACAUUUAACGCCAGUUAUAAACUUCAACAAUCAUACUCCGACAUCACGUUUCUCCUCAAGCUCUCAUAUUUAACGCCGUUUACAACUCUCAACCAUUGCACUCCUACACCACCCUCCCAUUUAAGAUGCAGGUCUCUCUGUAUUCUAUUACAGUUGGGCUCUGUCUUUUCCACACUGUCCUUGGUGGUAGUGUGACAUUAGUGGGCCCAGGAGGCACAGCUGGAGAUGUCAUGACAUGCGUCAACGACAACUACGACGACAAGCAACUUCCUGAUAUACUUCAAUACGGCGGCGGCCUACAGUACGCAAGGAUUGGAAACAAUUUUGUCUCUGCUGAUUUUCAAUUCAGCUGUGGCAAUGAGAAAUUUGAUGACUUUCAGAUACAAUGCCGCGCGUUUGGCGGUGCAGGAACGUGCAAGCCUGCCCUGUCAUAGAUAUGAAAGAAAGAAGGCGAG